UUAUCAUUUCCGACGCCUGACGCGCGGCAUCACGUGAGACAUGAAUACGUGAUUGUGAUUUUACAACCUUUAUUUACAUUUCUAUGCUAACUUUUAAAAGUUGAUUUAUUAUAGAUUUUUCUGUGAACGUAUUAUAACCCUUCCGCCAUGGUAAGUGAUCUAAUUUCAAUUUAUGUUAAACACGAUGGUUACGGAAACACCGUUUUCUGUACCUACUGAUUUUUUUUUUUUCCAGAAACCUUUAAUGUUACAAGGGCACGAACGUGCCAUUACUCAAAUUAAAUACAACCGAGAGGGUGAUUUAUUGUUUUCAUCAGCUAAGGAUGUUACUCCAAAUGUUUGGUAUUCAUUGAACGGUGAGCGUCUGGGCACAUAUAACGGCCAUACUGGAGCUGUUUGGUGUAUUGAUGUCGAUUGGAAAACCACCAAGUUCUUGUCCGGAGCCGCUGACAACUCUUUAAGACUCUGGGAUGUGUCUACUGGUAACCACAUUCACAUCCAACUGAUGAAAUCGUCUAUAAACAAAUAAUUUACAAUUUAUAGGUGUGGAGAUUGGUAAUAUAAGUAGUAAUUCGGCUGUGCGUACAUGUUCGUUCAGCUACUCGGCUGAUCUUGCUAGCUACUCAACUGAUCAGGCCAUGAAACAAGAUUGUGAAAUUUUUAUUGUUGACGCUCGUGAUAAUGAAUCAUUUAGUAAGUAGUUUUUCAUUAAUUAUUUCUUCCUACUCAAGAAAAUUAAUACUUCAUAAACUGUAAUAAUUAACAUUUGCAUUUAAUUUAUAGUUUGAUAGAAAUUAAAUUUUUAUUCAGGGUUUUGAAGAAACCAGUUCAAGUGAACUUGUUCAAAGUUCAAAAUAUAUGAACGAAUCACUAAUCAAGUUCAUAUUUUCAACGAAUUUGAACUUUACGUGGGUCAUUUGUUUAAUUCAAAUUUUAAAUUAUAAUGAAAUAAUGUAUUUUUACCAUAUUGCACUUUAGAAAUGGAAUGUUAGCAAAUUCUACUGUAAUGACCUCUUGAAAUUAUUUACAUAUUAUAUACUUCAUAACUAAUUUGAUAUAUUUUAAUAAAAUCAGUGAGACUUCAUGAAACUAGUAAAACUCAAUAGUAACUUAUAAUUAGUACAAGGAUUUUUAUUCACUAAAGAGUAUCAAAAUAUUCCUUAUAAUAUGCAGUGAAAAUUGUAAAACAUACAAUAAAAUUUCAAUUAUUUUCAUCACAAAUUUUCAUAUUUAAAUAUUAUAAAUAAAGGUGUGGUAAAUUAACACAUUUUUAAAUUUUAUUUAUUAUUAAAAUAUAAAAAAUCCACAAGGGUUGCAAAAUAUUAUUUUUCCAUCAGUAGUAAAAACCUCAAGUGUCUUUGUUUGUUGAGGAAAUUCACUCUCAUUUUUUAUUGCAAAUCGAACUACUUAUUUCAUUUUCAAAUUUGCAUUUUUACUAUUUACAGACUAAACUAAACUCACUAAACCGUAUUUUGAUCGGAGUGUUAUGUCGAUAACUGACUGAUGUAGCAAGAGCGAUUAAGAUUAUAGAUAUAAAAGUUUAGGCCGUAAUCAAUUAAUUAUCUUUAUUUCAAUUAUUAUUUAGUGCCUACAAAAUUUAUUUUAUUCCUUUUUUUUUUUUUUAAUUUUUCUUCAAUACAUUGCAAUACAUUUUAAAUUUCGAAAAAAUAUAUUUUUCCCUGUACCUUUCAUAUGAAAUUUUCAAUAUCUGUUUUUGAUAAUACAGGAACAUAAAAUUACUAAAACUAUAAUUUCUUCUAUGAUUAAAUUUACUUAAAAAUGAAUAAUGUAAUAAAUAGAAAAAAUAUUAUUUUGCUACAAAUCAAAUAAAACGGUUAAUUAAUACCGAAAUUAUACUUAUUUAUUGAGGGUGUAGUAUUAUUAUUUAUUAUAUUGCUUACUGAAAUUAAUAAAAAAAACAAUAUUAUGUGUUGCUAAGUAUUUCUUAUUCUAUAAUUAAUUGAAGGGUUAAUUAUUUAUUUUUUUAAAUUUAAGUUCUUUGUAUAGAUUGUAUAUGUUUUUAUUAUGGAUAGAAAAUUUAUCAAUUUGAAAAAAAAACAAUAAGCCAACAUUUAAAAUCAAAAAAUUUAUAUUAGUUAUUAAAUACUUAAAUAAAAAAAUUCUAUAUCUUUCAAUAGAACUUUCAUUAUAAUUAACAUUUGGAGGUCAUUUUUUUUUUUUAAGUUAUAUUAAAAAAAACCUAUUAUACUUAACUCUGUCAGUAUUCCACUUGUGUCUUUCUUUAGUAAGUUGUUAAAAUUUUUUUUAUAUAGAAAACAGCGAGCCUAUAUUGAGAAUGACUGUACCAGAAUCAAAAGUAACUUCUUUGAUUUGGGGUACACUGGACCAUACUAUUAUUACAGGACACGAAGACGGUGCUAUUACUCAAUGGGAUUUGAGAGUAUGUACAAGUGUAUCAAUUCAUGUAUAUUUUAUUUACGUUGCAAAUUUUGUAUAGACUGGAAAAAGUAUAGAAACUGUUAAGGAUCAUCAAGGGUCAAUUAAUGACAUGCAAAAGAACCGACAGGGUACCAUGUUUGUAACGGCAUCAAAAGAUAAAACAGCCAAGUUAUUUGAUGUUGAUGAUUUGUCAGUGCACAAAGUUUAUGUGACCGAACGACCAGUCAACAGUGCUUCACUAUCGCCUAUAUUUGAUCAUGUAAGUAGCUUUCAUUAAUAUUAAUACUAAUAAAUUGUGCAACAUAUAAUUGAGAAAUACUGGGUUUUGUGUCAAGGUGGUAUUGGGUGGUGGUCAAGAAGCUAUGGACGUAACGACGACAGCAGCUCAAGCGGGAAAAUUUGAUGCCAGAUUUUUCCACGUCAUAUUUGAAGAAGAAUUUGCCCGAGUAAAAGGUCAUUUCGGUCCAAUUAAUUCUUUAGCGUUCCACCCAGAUGGUGAGAGUUUCAGUACAGGCGGAGAGGACGGUUUUAUUAGAGUACAGUCAUUUGAUCCGACUUACAAAGAAUUCAGAUUUGAUUAUUGAUUAUCCUAUUGUUAAAGUGUCAAUAAUUAAAACCCCAAAAAAAAUCUAAUUUUUUACAAUAAAAAUGAUAACAUUAAUCUAUUGUCAAUUUGUGUCAUUAAUUUAUUUAAUAAAUCAUGUCAGAUACAAAAUAUGCCAUUGAUAAAAAUAAUUUGAAAUAAUAUAAUUUUUUAAUACUUUCAAACCUACACUUGUUACGAGUUCAAUUGCAUCAUCCUUUGAACAGACGCUCAAUGGUAUUUACACUGCAUUUGGAAAAAUUCGCAAACAUUAAUGUGUAGCUUAUUUGUUGUUAUAGGUAUUUUUUAAUUACUUAUUUAGAUGUAAAAUAAUCCAGCAAUAAGCAUUUAAAAGCUUCAAAUGUGGUUGUAAACUAUUGUGGAGUAAAUUACCGAAACAUGCCCAAGUGUGUAACAUUGAAAACUGUUCCUGUCCGGAAAGUUAAGCAAAACUUGAUUCAAACUAAAGUUGAAAAAAAAGUAAUUUAAACAAAAUAUUGUACUUCAAUGCAACUUUCUGUAGUUCUAUAUUUUUAUCAAUCCCAACAUUCAGGCAUUUU